CUUGUUAUUACAUUUGUUUGACCAGUAUACUUAAGAUUCCUAUAAACACGACAUCCUCUAGAUAUUUUCUACGGAAGGCAGUGUUUUAUGAGCUAACAAAAAUGAUGACCAUAGCGAUUUUCGCCUUCAUUCUUUGUUUUGGAUUAGCUUUUGGACAAUGCAGCCUUGACCAUGAGUGUUUUUGCAACGGUAAAGUGAUGUCAUGUGCUACGAUCAGUCAUUUCCCUACGCCAAUCUCGUCUGAUAUUGAUACAAUAAUUAUAUACGAAAUGGAGGCUGAAUCUAUUCCUUCAGACCUAUCACAUAGAAUUCCGCAUCUAAGUUCAUUACAAGUUUACUUCGGAAAAAUCGAAAGAAUUUCUGCAGGUGCAUUUGCAAAUUUGCAACAAACCAUCGAAAUCAACUUUUUCCAGUCCAAAAUCCGACUAAUUGAACAUUAUGCUUUCAGAAAUAUAUCGACCUUAUCUGUAUCAUUCCAUAAUACAACCAUCGAGGAAUUUCAAAGCAACAGUUUUUCCCAAAUUCAACGUAUGGAAAACUUUGGAAUGACGCUUUGUAAUGUAUCGAUUGUCCGUCAAAACGCAAUUAACUCGAUUUCCAAUGUAAACAGAUUUCAAAUUCAAAAUUCGAACUUUGGACUUAUCGAAAAGCAAGCUUUUAACAAAUUUGGCAGAUUAAAUUAUUUCCUAAUUCAUGAUAAUACAUUUACGCUAUUCAAGUGUAUGUCUUUAGAACCACUAUUAGCUGCUGCUAAUAAUAGCGCCUUCUACCAGAAUGUAUUUUCAUGUUCGUGUGAUCUACAGUGGAUCGUCAGAGACCAGAUAACCAACACUUACUUAUUUUCAAACUGGUGUAAGGUAAAAGAUUCGAAAAAUAGAACCAUGCUAGACAAGUUUGACUUUAAAUCAGCCGGAUGCACUGACGCGAACGAUACUUGUAUAGAGAACUUUAGGAUCACUAUAGCAACACGAGCAGUUUCAUCUACAAAGAUAACUGUACCCAUGACAACGACAAAACAAAAUGAACUACAUUCCACAAAGGAUAUCACAACAGUUGUUACUAAAACUAAAACAGCCAAAAUGUCCAGGGCAAAAGAGGAAAUCAUGAGAACACGGAUAAGUAACAUGAAUCCAAGUACGGUCAAAGAAAUAAAAAUCAAAACAACAUCUAUCAUGUCGACUACUACUUUCAAUUUAUCAAAUGCAUCAUCUUCAUCGGAAGAAACUACUGAACGACGUACAAGUUUCUCCUCUGAGUCAGUCACAUCUACAAAGGUCACCGACCUGCACACCACGAAAUUACCGCAAACGAAAAAAAGUUCAAGGGGUCAAAAUAUAAACAAUUCGGAAAAUCUUAAAAUGCAUCAUAGUUUGAUAAUGUUGAUGGUAUCAAUUGUAUUUUUUAACUUGUUAUAGAGUUAUGUUGGUGUUCUUUAAAUAAGUAUAGUUGUAUAGACAUAUGCAACAGUGUAAGUAGUAAUAUCUUGUGGAUAAGGAUGAAGUAUUAGAAGAGUGAAAAUUAUCGCAGGAAGUAAAAUUAUCUUUAAAGAUACAGCUAGUAGAAAUUUUAGUAGGACUAACAAAUGGCAUGUUGCUUUAAAAUUAAUAAGUUAACUGAGCACUCACUGCUAAAGAGAAACAUUAAUACAAUUAGAUAUACUUUGGAAAUUAGAAUCAAAGAAAUAAUAUGUUUAUUAUUAUGUAAUAUGCAUCUUGACAGCCACGGCAUGGUCCCACGCGAUUAUCUGAAUAUAAGGAGAUGUGGUGUGGACAUCAAUGACACAGCCAAACGCCGAAAAUAACCGAAAAACACAAAUACAUUCAGUCUGAAGGAUCAACUAUGUGUUAAGAAUUGAAUGCUUCUUUUUAUAAUUUUAUUGGGGCUUAAAAGCAAUGACAGAAGCACAUUUUGUAUAAAGCGCGGAAGCUAUUCUAUUUAUAUUUAUAUUUGUGUUUAUAUCUGGUUAUAUGACCGUCGGCAAUAUUCGGAGGUCAGCUUGGUGAAUAAUUAGAUUGCGUCUUGUCUAAAAUACGUACGAAACGCUGAUACAUUGUAGUGCGUGCAUUGUUUUUUUUAUUUUUAAAUUUCUUUAUUUCCAUCAGUUGCUUGUUACAUUGUCUUCAACAAGUCCAAGCUCCUUGUGAAGAGUACAUAUAAUUUUCAAUUCUACUAUAUUAUUAAAUAAAACACCAAUUAAUAAAUGUUUCUUAACAUUAACUAAAAAUUUAACUGCAUGCAUUGUUAAUUGUUUCUUUUGAACUUUUUUGUAAUUUUUAUAUUCGUUUUAAAUAAAAUAUGAGUUUGUGGGUCAAAUCGGUUAACAUAAAUUUGACAGCUAAUGCCACUUUAAGGAAAAGGAAUAUAUAGCCUUCGGUGGUCGAUAUUAGAUCAUGUCUGUAAACACUAAAUAAAUAUACAUUUCACAUGAAAAAAAUUAAACGUUUUAAAACGUGUUAAACAAAGUGAAAGUUUUAUUAAUUUUCACAAUUAAGCUUUACAUUUGAAGAACCUAAGUUUUUUUUUGACAAAAAAAAUACAUUAAUAUGAAAGCUUUCAAAACGAAAUGGGUAGGAGAUGCACAACGGCAUAUUAUAUAAAUAAACAAUUGUGUAUCGUUAGAUCUUAGAGUUUAUGUGUUUAGGGGGGAAAAAAACGAAUGUUUGUUUUGAAAGACUAACAAAGUAACCAUAUCAACAAUGAGAUUUGUACAUGGCUGUAAACUAUACAUGUUUUAUUUCAAGGGGUUGUUUUCAUCAACGUUAUUAAUUUUAUGCAGCCUUUUUAUAUGUUGUUUGUAUUUCUGUCUGGUGCCAUGUAACGUUUCACUUAUUCCUUUAAUUCCUUUGUUUUUAAAAUAAGUCCAAAUGACGUAGUUGACCAUGUUUGAAAUGUUUAUAUGUUAGUAUGCUUGUUUACCCUUGUUAUAUGUAAACUAGAGAUAAGCAGGACUUUGUUUCACUGUGUUUAUAUGCCAAGCCCAUUUCUGAUAAAAUUGUUUUUCUAUGUGUGAAAUUUUCUCUAUUGAUCAAAUGUUUAUUAAUAAAGAGAAAUAUGUAUGACUUUU